AUGCCGUACUGCGUGGUGACCGCGGCGGCCGUCGCCGCCGGCGAACAGGGGGAGGUGCGUAUCUUCUACCAGCGGUACGGCCACGGUGCCACCAAGGUCCUCCUCAUCAUCGGGUUCGCGGGGACGUACGAGUCGUGGGCCCCGCAGGUGAAGGGCCUGACGGGCGCCAUGGAGCCCGUCGACGAGGAGGCUCCGGCCGACGACGACGACGGCUCCGGCGUCGAGGUCUGCUGCUUCGACAACCGCGGCAUGGGGCGAAGCUCCGUCCCGGCGCAAAAGUCGCAGUACACGACCGUGAUCAUGGCCAAGGACGCGCUAGCGCUCAUGGAUCACCUGGGAUGGCGAAGAGCGCAUGUCUUCGGCCACUCCAUGGGUUCCAUGAUAGCUUCGAAACUGGCCGCAAUGGCGCCGGACCGGGUCGCGUCGCUGGCGUUGCUCAACACCACCGGAGGAGGCUACCAGUGCAUCCCAAAGAUUGAUUGGCACACGAUAUCUCUUGCAUGUCGUUUUCUAAGAGCAAGAACGCCGGAGCAAAGAGCCAUUCUCGAUCUUGAAGUCCACUAUACGAGGGAAUACCUUGAGGAAGUUAUUGGAACAAGUACCAGAAGACAAAUGCUUUAUCAGGAAUAUGUUAAAGGUCUGUCAUCCGGUGGCAUGCAAUCCAGAUAUGGAUUUGAGGGGCAAAUGAAUGCUUGCUGGACACAUAAGCUCUCUCCGACAGAAUUAGACAGGAUUCGCUUCGCAGGUUUCCUUGUUCUAAUUAUUCAUGGCAGGGAUGAUGUGGUUGCUCAGUUGUACCAUGCAAGGAGGCUCGCAGAAAAGCUCCAGCCUGCUGCUAAGUUGGUUGAGCUCCAUGGAGGCCACCUUGUGAGCCAUGAAAGACCAGCUGAGGUUAAUAUGUCCCUCAUGGAGAUGAUAAAGGCAUCAAAAUCAAAUAAAGACCUAGAGGAGUGGUCAAACCUUCCAAAGAAGUCUGAUGGUCUUCUUCUAUCUGGAUCAGCAAGUUGUCUGACCAAAACAGACGAUGACAGAGUGAAUUACCUCGUCUUUACAUACAAUCUACUCGGGAAGCUCCAACUUAUUUUUCUCUUCAUCUUUGGAGUGUUCUAUGUUAUUCUUGAACACGUGAGGAGAGUUGUAAGAAUUUUGAAGCCUGUCAGGGUGUCUGCUUCCACCUUAUAG